AUGGACCAUCCCGCAUUUGCUGACGCAGGCGGUGAGCCUGGUAUUGAAAUUUGGACAAUCGAGACGUCUGGAGACAAUAACUCCACGUAUUCGUACGACGCCCACUUCUGGCUAGGGUCAAAGACGACGCAGGACAAGAAGGGAUCAGCUGCAAUCCUCACUGUGACCCUGGAUGAUAUGCUAGGAGGAAAAGCUGUGCACCACAGGGAGAUACAAGGACACGAAAGUAGCCAGUUCCUAGGAUAUUUUAAACCUGCCAUAAGAUACCUUGAAGGCGGCAACGAGUCCGGAUUCACCGAAGUAGACACGAACGCGGGAGCUGAGAAACGCCUGCUGCGACUAUCUGGUUGCGAGAACAUGAGGAUUGAGGAGGUACCAGCAGACUCCACAUCACUGACCAAAGAGCACUGCUUCAUACUGGAAGUAGACCAUGACAUCUUCGUGCUAGUGCCUGAAGGAGCUAAAGCUACCCACAGAAGGAAGAUCAUCAGCGUCGCCAAUAAGUUGAGGGAUGACGAUCAUAACGGACGAGCUACUAUUGAGAUCAUUGACGAGUUUUCUUCCGAUGACGACGUCGCUCUAUUCUUCGAAGCCCUUGGAUCUGGUUCGAAGGACGACCUGCCCGACUUCCAGAGCAGUGACAGUUUCAGCCGCACUAGCCCAACUGAAGUGUUCCUGUACAAGGUGUUAGUUGGAGAUGAGAUCGAGCUGGUCGCCAUGAAGAAACCUUACAAGCAGAAGCAUUUAUCUUCCGACGAGAUCUACGUCCUCGACACUCCCGACUCGGGCAUCUUCCUCUGGUUGGGGAAGGAUGUCGAUCCUGAAGUCAAGAAGAACUACCACGACAUCGCUCAGAAGACUCUGGAAAUAAACGAAUAUCCAAGCUGGCUUCACGUGACCAGGAUGUCAGAAGGAUCGGAGAGCUCUACUUUCAAGCAGUACUUCCACUCUUGGGAUAUUGGCACCACCAACUUCAGUGCUGAAUUAGAUGCAGGCUAUGCCUCAGGAGACGAGCCUGAAGCCGCAGCUUACAAGAUCGGCAAAAGUGCCGCUGCCAGAGGAUAUAUGCCAGACAAGGGAGAAGGGAACCUCGUUGUUACCAGGUUCGCAGGAGACCAAGAGGACAUAACGGAAAAAGUGACGCAAGAGUUGACGGUGUUCUACAACAGCGAUGUUUACGUUCUCAAAUACAAGUAUACUGAUGACAAUGGUGAAGACGCUUGUGUAGUUUACGUUUGGAUGGGUGCAAAAUCAAAAUGGUCCGACAAAAAUGCAGCAAUCCAAUUUGGUCGGGACAUAGAGCAGGAAGAGGAAGGCAGCGUGACCGUAAUCAAAGUUCCACAAGGCAAGGAACCUAAGCAUUUGCUGAGUGUUUUCAAAGGGAAUUUGGUAGUUGUCAUGGGAAGUAAGGACAACGACUAUAACCCAGAGAAUUCAAAGGGAACCUAUGAUGAUGACAACAUUAGAUUGUUCAAGGUGGAAGGUACAGAAAUAGGAGUAGACAUGCGAGCAAUUCAGGUGCCAGAAAAAGCUGACGUUCUAGAAGCCGAUGACGUCUUUGUUCUCGAGACUAAAGACGUCGUUUAUGUGAGAAAUGGAAAGGAAUCAGACCCAAAAGAGCAGGAAAUAGCUUUGAACUUCGUGAAGCUGGUGGUGGGGGACACCAAAGAAGUGACUGUCCUGGAGCAAGGAGAUGAGCCCGACGAAUUCUGGGAAGCUUUGGGAGGCGCCCCAGAGGAAAAAGAGGACGCCUCAGACUGGCGAUCGAGUGCGUCGCGCCGCGUGACAACGCCGGCAUCUCUAACCGCUGUCACUGUCACCAUGAGAGGCAAGAUUUUGUUCGAAGAACUUCCGCCCAAGUUCACGCAGGAGGAUUUAUCCGACGAUGGAGCGUACAUACUGGACAAAGGCGAAGAACUUUACUUGUGGCAGGGAAAGAAUAUUCCUAAGAGGGUUAAGGAUGCCCGGACCGAAAUUAUUCAGGAAUACAUAAAAGACGACGGCCUGGAUCGCACAGCAGACACUGCUCUGGUGGUGAUGGUAAAGCAAGGCAAAGAACCCAAGGUGUUCAGAAACAAAUUCCCCAGUUGGGACAAUGAUAUGUGGAACAAUCAAACUUCCUACGAGGAUAUGAAGAAUAAUACCAAAGCCGCUAAUUCUAAGUGAAGACGUUAAAUAAUAACAAAACUUUCUAAUUAUAAAACAA